AUGGCCGGCUACAGAAUCUACAAACGCAACGCUGUCUUUACGAUCGGAUCUAUACCAAGAAAGAAGAAGGGGGUCAUUAAAGAAGACUGCAACUGUGAUCCCCCUCCGCUAAGGUGUCCUCCUGGACCAAGAGGCCCACGAGGAAAACCAGGCGUUUUUGGAAGGCCCGGCAUUGACGGAGUGCCGGGAAAACCGGGCGUUCCUGGUAUGCAAUUACUUUUGAAGGGAUUUCAUAACAACGGCUGUAUCAUGUGCCCGGCUGGCCGGAUGGGGGAUGCUGGUCCACCUGGGGAGACGGGGCCUAUCGGUCCACCUGGAGCAAUUGGCCUACCUGGUGAGGUCGGAAGUCCAGGAGCGAACGGAGAUGUAGGUCCAGAAGGUGAUAAAGGCGUGCGCGGACCCAAAGGUCUACCUGGUUUUGUUGGAAUGCCUGGAGAGGCAGGCACUCAGUAUUUGCCUGGUCUUGAAGGCAUGCCAGGUUUCGAAGGUCCUCCUGGUCCACUUGGACCAAAAGGUCAACCUGGAAAAGAUGGAAGCCCAGGAGAAGCUGGUCAACAGGGUUUUGAGGGAAAAAGAGGACGAGAUGGCAUGCCAGGUUCUCCGGGUAGAAUGGGACCAACUGGAAUCGACGGUCGACCUGGACCUGAUGCUACGUACUGCCCGUGUCCGUCAAGAAAUUCAAAGUUAUUUGACUGA